CGACAAGUCCAGAGCGCCGUGCUGGAGACGAUCAAAUUAUUGGGUCCCAUGGAACGCGCUUCUGCGGAUCGACACGAGAUGCUGUCUUUGUUUUUCACUAUGGAGAGGGAACGUCGAGAAAACAAAAUUGUUCGGUUCAGGAUCACGAUUCCUUCUUCUUCUUCUUCCUACCUACGGUGUACUGUACCUCCAAGCCAGUUUCCUUCCUGUCUCGCUUUCCUCUGCCUCUUCCUAUCGAAGGGAUCCCCGCCUCUCUCAAUAUCAAUGGUAACCGGGGGUGACAGCCCGUCUGGAAUAUUUCGGACUUCAUACCUGGAUCAUAACAACUCUCUAAAGUCAAUAAACUGUCACGGAAACCAUGGGUGUGGUCUCGGGUUACCGUACGGUACCGUCGAGUGACUAUUAAGCCCCAAUGCCCCUUGCAGACCCCACUCCGAAUGAACCACAAAUCAGAUGUCCCCAUUUCGGGUACAGUCUACCUAAGGUAACCUACCUUACCGUUCGUACGUGCCUUACGCCGGCUGUAUUCGAAGUUGAAG